AUGUCUUCAGUAUGUUCUGAGUAUACAGUUGGUGGGGUGAAGAUUAACUUUCCUUGUAAAGCUUAUCCAUCACAGCUUGCUAUGAUGAAUUCUAUUGUCAGAGGAUUAAAUAGUAAGCAGCAUUGUUUGUUGGAGAGCCCCACAGGGAGUGGGAAAAGCUUAGCCUUACUUUGCUCUGCUUUAGCGUGGCAGCAAUCUCUUAGUGGGAAGCCAGUGAAUGAAGGCUUAAGUAAAAAAGCUGAAGUACCAUUGUCGUGUUGUUGUACAUGUCAUUCAAAGAAUUUUACAAACAGUGACGUGAACCAGGGAACUUCAUAUCAUUUCAACAGUCCAAGUACACCAACUUCUGAAAGAAAUGGCACUUUGUCAACUUGUCAAGACUCUCCUGAAAAAACUACACUGGCUGCAAAGCUAUCUGCUAAGAAACAGGCAUCCAUGUACAGAGAUGAAAAUGAUGAUUUUCAAGUAGAGAAGAAAAGAAUUCGACCCUUAGAAACUGCACAACAGAUUAGAAAACGUCAUUGUUUUGAAAAGGAGGUGCACCAUUUGGAUGCAAAAGUUGCUUCAGGAAAGACCACAAAACUCAACUCCCCAUUAGGAAAGGUAAACUCCUUUUCUCCACAAAAUCCCUCUGGUAACUGUUCUAGGUGCUGCUGUUCUACUAAACAAGGAAACAGUCAAGAUUCUUCAAAUACCACUAAGAAGGAUCAUGGGGGGAAAUCCAAGAUACCCAAAAUAUAUUUUGGGACACGCACACACAAGCAGAUUGCUCAGAUUACUAGAGAGCUCCGGAGGACAGCAUACUCAGGGGUCCCAAUGACUAUUCUUUCCAGCAGGGAUCACACUUGUGUCCAUCCUGAAGUAGUAGGUAACUUCAACAGAAAUGAAAAGUGCAUGGAAUUGCUAGAUGGAAAAAAUGGAAAAUCCUGCUAUUUUUAUCAUGGUGUUCAUAAAAUUAGUGAUCAACACAUAUUACAGACUCUCCAAGGGAUGUGCAAGGCCUGGGAUAUAGAAGAAUUCGUCAGCUUGGGGAAAAAACUAAAGGCAUGUCCAUAUUACACAGCACGAGAACUAAUGCAGGAUGCUAACAUAAUAUUUUGUCCCUACAACUAUCUUCUAGAUGCACAAAUAAGGGAAAGUAUGGAUAUCAAUCUGAAAGAACAGGUUGUCAUUUUAGAUGAAGCUCAUAACAUUGAGGACUGUGCUCGGGAAUCAGCAAGUUACAGUGUAACGGAAGUUCAGCUUCGGUUUGCUCGGGAUGAACUAGAUAGUAUGGUUAACAGUAAUAUAAGGAAGAAAGACCAUGAACCCCUACGAGCUGUGUGCUAUAGCCUCAUUAAUUGGUUAGAAGCAAACUCUGAACAUCUUGUGGAAAGGGGUUAUGAAUCAUCCUGUAAAGUAUGGAGUGGAAGUGAAAUGCUGUUAAAUUUACACAAAAUGGGCAUAACCACUGCUACUUUUCCCAUUUUGCAGGGACAUUUUUCUGCUAUCCUUCAAAAAGAAGAAAAAGUCUCAUCAGUUCAUGGUAAAGAGGAGGCAAGAGAAGUACCUAUUAUCAGUGCUUCAACUCAAAUAAUGCUCAAAGGACUUUUUAUGGUGCUUGACUAUCUUUUUAGGCAAAAUAGCAGAUUUGCAGAUGAUUAUAAAGUCGCUAUUCAACAGACUUACUCUUGGAUAAAUCAGACUGAUACUUCAGAUAAAAAUGGGUUCUUGGUUCUACCAAAAAAUAAGAAACGUUUACGACAGAAAACAGCAGUUCAUGUGCUGAAUUUUUGGUGCUUAAAUCCAGCUGUGGCCUUUUCGGAUAUUAAUGGCAAGGUUUGGACGAUUAUUUUGACAUCUGGGACAUUAUCACCAAUGACAUCCUUUUCAUCAGAACUUGGUGUUACAUUUACUGUCCAACUGGAGGCUAAUCAUGUCAUUAAUAACUCACAGGUUUGGGUUGGUACCAUUGGGUCAGGCCCCAAGGGUCGCAAUCUCUGUGCUACCUUCCAGCACACGGAAACAUUUGAGUUCCAGGAUGAAGUGGGAGCACUUGUGUUAUCUGUGUGCCAGACUGUGAGCCAAGGAAUUUUGUGUUUCCUGCCAUCUUACAAGUUACUAGAAAAGUUAAAAGAACGUUGGCUCUCCACUGGUGUAUGGCAUAAUCUGGAGUUGGUGAAGACAGUCAUUGUAGAACCGCAGAGAGGAGAAAAAACUGAUUUUGAUGAAUUACUGCAGAUGUACUAUGAUGCAAUCAAGUACAAAGGAGAAAAAGAUGGCGCCCUCCUGGUGGCAGUUUGUCGUGGUAAAGUGAGUGAGGGUCUGGAUUUCUCAGAUGACAACGCCCGUGCUGUCAUAACAAUAGGAAUUCCUUUUCCAAAUGUGAAAGAUCUACAGGUUGAACUAAAGCGACAAUAUAAUGACCAGCAUUCAAAAUUAAGAGGUCUUUUACCAGGUCGUCAGUGGUAUGAAAUUCAAGCAUACAGGGCCUUAAACCAGGCCCUAGGUAGGUGUAUUCGACACAGAAAUGAUUGGGGAGCUCUUAUUCUAGUGGAUGAUCGCUUCAGGAGUAACCCAAGUCGAUACAUAUCUGGACUUUCUAAGUGGGUUCGGCAGCUGAUUCAGCACCAUUCAACCUUUGAGAGUGCGCUGGAGUCCUUGGCUGAAUUUUCCAAAAAGCACCUAAAGGUCAUUGAUGUAUACAAAGAAGACAGAAAAUCUAUACAGGACAAUGAGUCUACGCUUGAAGUGGCUUGUUUGAAGGAUAAUACCUCAACUUAUUUAUUAGAAGCAGCAAGCCAUCUAUCACCAGAAUAUCCUAGGGAAGGUAAAGUAAAAUGUAUCUAAGAGCUACAGUGUCCUAAAAUGAUAGAUAAAAGUCCAUCUUUACCAAGAGGCAUCAUCUCCAGAAAGAAAAAUAUGAAAAAUGAUCCAUUAUUAUUGGAAGAGUCUGCCCAGGCAGUAGGAGCAGAAAAAAUUGUGAUUUCCAGAUCCACAAGCCCAACCUUCAACAAACAAACAAACAGAGUUAGCUGGUCUGGCAGUAAUUUUCUGGAACAGUAUCUUACUGGUAAAAUUCUGACUGGAACACCUAAGUUUAGGUCAUCAGAGGACUGUGCCUCUAAUUCUUCCACUUUCAAAACAGAAAAGGGACGUGAAGCAGUUUUGCCGCUCACUGAUAAAUAUGAGUCCUCCACUCUGACAGUACACACAUCACUUGGACCGUGCCCUCAAUCAGAAACCAUUGUUCCAUCAAUAAAGAUUAAUGCUACUCUCCUGAAUCCAGAAGAUCCAGACAUUCAGUUAUCUCUAGUAAGUGAAGAAGCUGAACUUUCUACUUCAAAUACAGCUUUUGAAACAGAAGCAGAGGAUGAAUCUAUCUAUUUUACACCCGAACUUUAUGAUCCCAUAGAUAUAAAUGAAGAAAAGAAUGAACUAGUUGGAACUGAUAGAGACAACAGAUUGGCUAAUAAUUCAAAUUGCAUUUUAGCUGAAGAUCUUUUUGAAAUUAAAACUAUGAAAGGAAUGGAUUCAGUCAGAGAAAUGAAAGCUGAGGAUUGCACAGGCACAAAGUUGAAUAGACUCAUGCAUAUUAAAGAAAGUAAAGUUGAUGACAUUGGUAGUAAUGUAAAAACGACUCAUAUAAAUGAAUUGGAACUGGGAAAAAAUCAUGAAAUGGAUAUAAAGAACUUUAAACAGUCUCCUCCCAAAAAUAAAGAUGUGUUCCCUGGUGUUAGGUAA